AACAUUGAAAUUGUAAUUUGUAUGUGGUUUUGAGUUUUGACUUGACGCUAUGUAUCAACAAAAUUAGGCUUUUUUAUUUCACAAAUUGUGAUCUUAAAAAUGUGAACAUUUACUUGUCAUGUGCAUUCUAUCGUUUUUAAGUAGGCAAUUAAUGUCGAUGAACCUUACGCUACCAUGUCUGAGCAAAUUGAAUUGGAUGAUUCCAACCUCUGUAUAUCUGAAGAUGCAUUUGAAAAAUUUCAAGCUAUCUCAAUGUAUGAAGAAAAUGAGUAUAUUACUCUGACCAAUGUAGUGCCGACACAACCACCUGAGGGUAGCCUUGGCGAUAAUACAAAAAUGAAAUCCAGUGACGACGCAAUGGUUAAUUUGAAUACCGACGGCGAAGUGUAUGUAAACACUCAGAAGUGCCCUGGCGAGCCACAGAGCCCGCAAUACGAGCUGGCUGAGAAUUGUGACAGCACAAAUGUUAUACAGCCGCCUUCCGGAGAGUCCAAUAAUUCCGCCGUAACAUCUAAACACGUUUACAAGAGAGAUAGAAAAAACAAAACAAUUACCGAAAGUGGUGAAAAUAUAAGUGAAAACUAUAGUGAAUCUGUGAACAUUGUAGACAGUACUAACGAACCUGCAGAGAGCAUUGAAGAUAUCCAAAAUUUUAUUCGAAAUACAGAGCCAGAAUUGACGCCAAAAAGGCGAGGGAGAAAACCAAAGCAUUACAAUAUUAGUGCUGAUGUUUUGUCAGGGCCAACAAUAGAAAAGUCUAAGGAAAGUAACAUAGAUACACUUGUUCCACCUUUGAAAACAGAAACAAGUAUUACUUAUAAAAAAAGACUACCAAGAAGAAGAGUUCAAUCUAGAAGAUCUCCAGAAACUUCAAUCACCAACAUCUCAUCAUCAAAUGAAGAUGAACUUGCAGUAGUUGAUAUCACCAACCAGAGUGUAUCAACUGAUACUAGUGAAGCAUCUAAACGAAUAAUGAAAAAAAGAGGUAGGCCAAAAAAGACAUCAGACAACAUAGAAACAAAUCAAAUACAGAGUACUAACAUUGUGGACAAUCCCAAGUCACCUGAUAUAUUAGACUCUUUACAAGAAGCCCCAGUUACCAAACAACCCAAAAAAAGAGGUAGGCCAAGAAAAAAUAGAAAUACUGAGCAAUUCCAAGGUGAAAGUGGAAGUGAAAAUAAUGUUUCAUCACACAACACCUCUUUAGAAUGUGAUGAUGAUGACAUAUGUUUAAGUAACAUAAGCAAAAUGGUCAAUAAAAAACCUGAUUCAGUCGAAGGAAUUGAUAAUGAGGAUAAAAUAGAAUUAAAUGAUCUAUUGGAAAUUGAUAACAAUACAAAACACACUGAAAAUGUUAAAAAGAGGGGUAGACCUAAAAAGAUACUUCCUGAACCUGUUUCUCAGGAGUGUGACAAAAAAAAAUCACAGGAGGAUAGCCCCAACAAUAAAAAAUUGCAUGAGGAUGGAGAUGACGUCUCUCUGAGUGAAUUUAAAAAGGCUUUAGAAGAAAAAAUUGCAGUACACAAACUAGAAGAGACUUCUGACACCAAAAUUAUACAACAGUCCUCUGAGAAAGACAUUAACUCAACAAAAAAUGAUGAACAGAUGCAAUGUUCCAGUAAAAGGAAUUCUAAAAUGCCAAUAAUGUCAGAUUUUGAAUAUAAUUUAGACAAUGUUGUUAUUGAAAAUAAAGAAAUUGAAAACACAGAUUCACAAAAAGAUGAUUAUUCCUCUCUUUUAGUGGAGGAUACAUCAAGGAGACCCACCAGGAAGAAAAUUAGAAAAACAUUACAGUACCAUGAAGAUGAAUCAGAUGAAGAUCCUUUUGCUAAUGUGGAACUCUCUGAUGAUGAACCUAGAAAGAAAAGAAAAGGUAGAAGAUAUAAUUCAGAUGAUGAAUACUUUCCUGGAGAUAGAACAGAACCAGCAACACCAAGUUCAUCUGACAGUGAAUCUAACAUUGAUUUGGACACUGACAAAAGAAAUAGAAAAAGAAAGUCCUCAAAGAAAGCAGACAGCCAGUCCCCAAGAAAGAAAGGACGGAAACCAAUAACAGAAAAGACUGAAGAAACAGGAAAAACUUCAGAUCAAAACAAUGAUGAUGAUUUAAUAACAAAUGAUAUUGAAGAUUGCCUUCAUUCAUCAGUCAUUAAAACAAAUGAUGAAACAUCUAAAGCUUGGGGUACCACAAAAGAGUUUGAGAAUUUCUUAGCAAAAAAAAUUCAAGGUACCAAUUUAAAAAUUAAAAAAGUUUCAUCAAGUGAAAAUGCAGAUACAAUAACUCCAUUACAAAUACCUACAAUAGAUACUAACGAAGCUAAAAAGACUAUAGAGAUGUGUUCUCAGACUACAAAAAUAAGUACAAGUAAUAUUCAAGUGCAAACUGGCUGUAUAUAUGAUGUCCCAAUGAAAGAAACUGUCAAACUCACCGCAGAACAAUCUGCAAAGUCAUGUGAAUUUUUAACAAGCAUAGUGAACACAACAGCAGAAUUAGGUAAACUCAUGACUCAAAAAUCUGAAGACUUUAUAAAAAAGAAAAUAAACACUGAUCAUGUCACAGACACUUUCAAGAUGGACUAUUGUGUCAGAAAAUCUUUCUUGUUAUUUAAAUUAGCUAAGCAUAACCUAACACAAAUGGAAGAAGAUUUAGCAAAUCAAUAUGAGCAAUUCCUUCAUAAACAUGAUUUAUUAAAAUAUAGAGAAGAACCAAAAACAAUAUUGCCAACGGCCAAAGCUGAUAGUGAUAGUGAUUGUGAGAUUGUUGAAGUACCACAGGAGGAAAAGGUAAAAAAAACUUCAAUAUCAGAAAAAUUCAAUCCCAAAACUGUCUUUCUCAACAAAGAAUUAUCAAUAAAAAUUGCCAAAAAGCCUACAGAUGAUAAAAAAAUUAACAUCAAAGGAAAACAUACAGUUUGGAUCAGUGAUUCUGUGAUGGUAAAGAAAGUCAAACCUACACAGUCUUUUUUAGCCCAGGACAGCCGAAAUAAAAAACCACCUGAUCAAAAGUAUGUUACUGCAGAAAUGGUAAGAGAUUUUUUUGAAGAUUAUUAUAGAAAAAAAACAUUGGCCACAUGCGCUUUAUUUACUUCGCCACAAUGGCUUAAAUUGAAUAACAAUUAUAUUUGUAACUAUUUUGUGACCAAACAAGGAUUUGCUGCUAGUACCAACAAUAACGAAACGGCAACUUUUGCUCUGACUAGUGCCAAUACUAGUGCUAGCGCAACUGACAUGACUCAAAACAUGAACACAGUAAAAGGUAUAUUUACAACAUCAGAAACUAUCAGUCCAGAGCCAUUAAUGACAUUAUGCACUAAAGUGCUACAAACUUUUUUUCAUACAUCAUCUUCUAAAAUAAAUACAAUAAACUCAAACAAUAAUCAACUUGAAGAUGCAAGUUACAAUAUAAAGGAAAAACCGAAAAGACUGAUGGAACUUUGCAUAAAUGUUCUCAAUUUUACAAAUGAUGUCAAGGAUAAACAAGGCCGAAAUGGAUACAUUCAUCAGUUGCAUGAACAAGUGCCUUCAAAGAAACCAGUUCCAUCAUUAAAAUCACUGUGUCACAAAAAAGUCACACAAUUACUUGUUAAUACUAUAGCGUCCCAUGAAUCAAUUUAUAAAUGUGAUAAUUAUCUGGAAAAUACCAAUUUGCAUCCAAAUAAUAAUAAUAUUGUAUUGAAGGAACAGAAAAAUAUUAAAUCCUUAUUUUCUCUAUGUACGGAAUGCUUUAAUUUUAGAAAUGAUUGUUCUGUCCAAUAUGUUCUUUAUCCUGAUACAAAACAGCAAGGAAAAGCAAUCCAGUCUUUGUUUUCUCUUUGCGUUGAGUCUAUUCGCCAUAUUCAUGAGAAUUCUAAUAAAAAUCUUGAGACCUGCCUUAAAACUGAAGACUUCAUGGAAGAAAUUAUGCCCAGCAAAAUAAAACAGAAUAAAAGAGAGUUGAAGUCUUUAAUUACUCUUUGUGUUGAGUCUAUUAACCUUAGGAUGAAUAAAUCUGAGUUACAGACUAUGAAGCCAGUAAUAAAACAAUGUAGCGGAGAUAUUAAAACAUUGUUUUCCCUAUGUGUGGAGUGUAUACAAAAUAUACAGAUGGCCCAAAAAAAUAGAUCUCCAAAAAUUAACAUACAAAUGACACCUUCACAGCUUCUACACACACCUCAAUCCUUAAAGAAAAUAUGCUUUAAGUAUAUGUUGGGUUUACUUUUUAAUAAUGAAGAAUUUACGUAUAUGAAUCAAGAUAUAAACACUGAACCAUUAUAUAGUAAUAAUGAUUUAACAGAAUGUUUUACCAUAAACAGUGUAAAUACAUUGUCUGAAGAAGCAUUCCAUAGUCUUCAAAACACUGCAGAGCACCAUCUUUAUCAAGAGUACGACAAUGAAGAAUCCUAUUUAAGUAACGAUGAUUUUGAACCACCCUAUGAAGAAACCGAAGAAUAUGGCAUAGACGAUAAUAACUGGGCAUCUCAAGUCCAAAUGAAAGAACUUAGAUCAUGUGCCAAAAUAAACAACCUGGCAGAUACACAUAAUAUAUUAAACGGCGACGGCUUAGACACCCUACCUCCUGUAGCCAUAAAAACUGAACCAAUUGAAGAUGUAUCUGAAAAUGUGCUCAAUUCCAUUACUGUAAAGAUUGAGCCUAUGAAUGAAUUAGAUGAAAUGAUCAUGAUCCCGGAUAGUGUCGUUACAAAAGCCGAGACAUCGGUAAAUUCUCAAAUCACUGAUCAUAGUCCACGUCCAGCUAAUAUCAGUUAUUCUGCGGAAACUUUUGAAGAAUUUGUGCGUAGAAGUAAAUUAAUGUAUUCUUUAGACGACGAGGGCUACAGAGAAAUUUACAGUCAAAGUAGUUCAAGAGUACGUAGACAGUUUGAACCAGACUACGAUGAGAUGAAUGAUGGAGUUGAUGGCCUUCUCGUUCCGCAUACUUAUACAAAUAUUUAUAGUGCAAAAGAUUGUCUGAUGGAGAGUAGUUCUGAUGAAAAUAAUAUUGACAAAAAUGCCGGAAAAAAGAGACCAUCUAAACGUAAAGUGAAACCAAAAAAGACAGCUACAAAAUCAAAUAGUAAAGACGUGGCCCCGCCAGUGAAAGAAAAAUCCAACUUGGGAGCCAGUGAAGUCGAUGAGCUUACAAGAAAAAUGAAAGAUAGAAUACGACAAGAAGAAAAUGACAGAAAGUCUUCCGAAUCAGAACUCGAAGAUUUGCCGUUAGGAAAAAGGAGGAAUAAAGGAAACGGAAAGGAUACUAAUAAAAAACCAGUAUUCGAUAAGUCUGCCAAAGAUGCAAUACAGUGUAACGAUGUAGAUUCGACCGAACCGAUAGACAAUUCGCAAACCUCUGUCAUUACAAAUGAUGCCGCGAAGAUUUCUUCUAAUUCUGUCGAAAAAAAUAAUUCAUCAAAUAUAACAGAUAAAAUAAGAACCCAUAGAAAAAAGAAUUUACACACAUCCUGUAAUUUCAAAGGACCUUUGGAACUCUUAGAAUGUGAACCUACUAUACAUGUAGAUGGUAAUGACGAUGACCAAAAUCUAGCAGAGAUUUUGAACGAAUCUAUUAGUGAUGGUGUAACUAAAAGCAAUGGUGCUAUAAAGGAAUCUAAUAAUGAAGUCACAAAGGAACAAUUGGCAGCUAAAGAAGGGCGUGAAAUUGUUGACCGUUGUGGUUGGUCAUGUUAUCCUAUUAAUACCAAAGAUACUAAACUGUAUCAAGAAGCUUUCGUACUAUUGGAUAAAUUGCCAGAGUCUUUUGUCCAGACAUAUCUUCAGUAUCAAGAAAUUACUGAACAUAAUGAGGUGGACAGGGAAAUAGACAGGUUAAUAAACGUAAAUUCAUUAAAUAGACUUUCCAAAGAGAAAGCGAAAAGCAAAUUGCGUAGCAAAGUCGGUGUUACUGAAAACAGUAAACCAAGCCAAAAAGAUACAAGUCCCAUACAUGAAAAUACUGAAGAUAGCGAACAAGUUUAUGAGUUCGCGCCUUCUGAUGAUGACGGAGCAAAUUUCGACGACGAGCUAUUGCCUCCUGUGCCUCAGAGGAAUGCAGACAACGUUUUAGCUAAAAGUUCCCUCAUGAAUGACGAGAGUGAUGACGAAGGGAGGUCUAGUCCUAAGCAAGUUAAUAUCAAACAAGAGCAUGGUGAUGCGCCAGUCAAGAAACGCCCAGGACCAAGAUCGAAAACGAGGGCAGAACCAACUAUUCCUGAAGGUGAAUUAGUCUUGACUGCUGACAAGAUGAUGAAAGAGGAACUCACAUUGCUUCAUGCACCGGUGAACAUGGACUCCACUGAAGUGAAUGAUGUGGAUACUACGCAUAAAGAGUUGGUUAUUCGAACUAGAAGUAAAACGCAUAAAAAAAUGCAGCAUACAAUGAAAAUCGAAGAUGACUCGUCUUCGGAAGAAGAGAAACAAUGGGUCAGCACUAAGGAAAAACUGCUGAAGAGGCUAAAAAAAGCACCAGAUGCUAGUGUCAGUGACGCUAAACGGGCAAAAAUGGUAACAGAGUUUAUUGAAAAACGUGGAGAUGGUACCGAGAGCAGGAAAGUGUCGCGAGCCAAAUAUCGUGGAUCAAAGAAGAAGUUUUUGGAACGAGAAAAACAACUGAAGGUGUUGUCGAAAGAACUAUACGGCGAAACAUCUUCAGACGCGGUUCAUCCGCGCAAGAGCUAUAUGACGACGAUGAAUUACAAAGGUCGCAGAAAUAUAAGGAAGGUUAUAGACAAGAAAUCUCUGGAAAUUAGUACCCUCAAGGCUAAUAUAGAAGAGUUGGAACGAAAACGCAGGUUGAAUGAGCGGCAAAACCGAUUGAGGGAGCACCUUGGCUGCGACGACAAUGUGAACGUGCUCGUCAUCAACGACGAAGUGUGCCUUGAGUACGACUUCGACGAGGACCAGCCCGUCGUCACCGUGCACGCGUUCUUUACUAAAGUCAUGAAGGCGCACCAGUACGAGGGCGUGAAGUUCAUGUGGGACGCGUGCUUCGAGAGCCUGAGUAAGAUCGGGUCGGGGCACCCCGGCGGCGGCUGCAUCCUCGCGCACUGCAUGGGGCUCGGCAAGACGCUGCAGGUGUUGGCGCUGCUGCACACCGUAUUAACGCACCCGCAAGUGGGUAUGAAGCGCGUGCUAGUGUGCUGCCCUCUGUCGACCGUGCUCAACUGGGUGGACGAGAUACACAAGUGGAUCGGACCCGUCACCGACCAGCUUAAGGUAUUCGAAUUGUCAAAACUAAAGAAAACAUACGAACGAGCGUACCAACUUGAAGACUGGUACAACGGCGGUGGGAUAUUUAUUAUCGGAUACGAGCUGUUCCGAAGUUUGACCACACUCGACCCUGUAAUUGACCACGUGCGUCCAACGAUUGUGAAAAAAAUCCGCAAAGCUCUACUAGACCCCGGACCUGACAUCGUAGUGUGUGACGAAGGGCAUUUACUAAAGAACGAUUGCUCGGUGCUCGCUGUGGCGAUGAGCCGCGUCGCCACCAGGCGCAGGAUAGUCCUGACCGGCACGCCCAUGCAGAACAACCUGAGAGAGUAUUACUGCAUGGUGAACUUCAUCAAGCCUAAUUUACUGGGGUCCUAUGCGGAGUAUUCUAAUCGAUUCGCAAACCCAAUAAUGAACGGUCAGCACAGAGAUUCAAGCGAGGAAGACAUCAAACUGAUGAAAACCAGAACACAUAUAUUGCACAAAGUAUUGGAAGGAUGUCUCCAGAGACAAGAAGCCUCAGUACUAUACCCGUAUCUGCCCAAAAAACACGAGUAUACUGUGUUCAUACCGCUUACGAAGUGCCAGUGGGAUCUCUAUAAACAUUAUUUGUAUACAUAUUGUAAACAAAACAAGCAAGGCAUACUGAAGGACUUUCAUAUACUGCAGAAGAUAUGGUCCCAUCCUCAAGUGCUGCACAACUUUCAUACUAAGUUGAGUGAUUAUAAGCGAACGAAAGAGGAAAAACUCGAAGAUGAUUUAGCAGCGGAAGACCUGUCGGUAGAUGAUAUAAAGCCUACUGAUACUGAGGUGUGGUGGCUGCAGUACCUCGACGGAGGCAACAUGCUGGAAUGUCUAGAGAGUUCGAACAAAUUCGUCGCUGUGUUCAGAAUACUCAAUGAGUGCGUUACGCUGGGUGAUAAAGUUUUAAUAUUCUCGACAUCGCUAUUCUGCCUGGACACGCUAGAGUAUUUCCUGAAAAAGAUCAACUGCUGGAGUCUGGGCCAGGAGUACUACCGGCUAGACGGAUCGGUGCCGCCUGAAGUGCGCCACAAGUGGUGCCGAGAGUUUAACGCCGACAACAACGUUAAGACUAAGCUAUUUUUAAUAUCGACUCGGGCCGGCAGCCUCGGCCUGAACAUGACGGCUGCGAACCGAGUGAUAAUCCUGGACACGUCGUGGAACCCCGCGCACGACAUGCAGAGCAUAUUCAGAGUGUACCGCUUCGGACAGAAGAAGGACUGCUUUAUAUAUCGACUCGUUGCUAUGGGAACAAUGGAGCAGAAAAUAUACGAGAGAUCUGUGACCAAGCAGGCCGUCGCGUGUCGCGUGGUUGACGAGCAACAGAUCGACCGACACUACAACAGCGCAGACCUCGCCGAGUUGUACAGACUGGACGAGGCGGGCGGGUCGGUGUCGGGCGGCGUGGCGGCGGGCGUGCGCGACGUGGCGCUGCUGCGCGUGGCGCGCGACGGGCCCGUGCACGCCGUGCACGAGCACGACUCGCUGCUGCGCGCCUCCGAGCCCGCGCUGCCCGAGCACGAGCGCGCCGCCGCCUGGCACCAGUUCCAGCUCGAGCGCGCCGCACAACCAACCAACGUACCUACCACGAAGAAAGGCAAAAUAUCAACAAAAAGUUUACAAAAUGCAAAAUCCAAAACAACACAAGAACAGAAUGAAAACGAUUCGCAAGAACCACAAACAAGUAAGGACAAAGAUGUAGUAAAUUGUUGCAUACCGAUUAAAAGUGAGAAGCCCGUGUUCUUCACAGACAAUGAUAUCAAAAAUGAAAUAGCUAACGACGUGGUGCACACUCUCAUAAAGCAAAAUUUCCCAAACAUGCAAGCGAUUAAAGACGUGACAGCAGUAGUGACCAUUGUAAAGAAUAUAGUUGAAAACGUACAAACUAGUGAACAAAAUAAAACCGUCGCGACCAUAGUUAUAACGAAAAGUAUGUUUGCACACGCGCACCUGCCACUAUCAAAACUGUUGAAUAAAGUGUCGCAUAAUUUGAACGCAAACAUUGAAGCACAAAUGAAACAACUCGAACAGCCCGUCAAACCGGAACCCGAGCCGCCAAAGAAAAGUGAAAGGUUAAAAGAAAAAGAAAUGGGACGACAAUUGAGAUCUCGAAGUAAAUUAACGGAGGAACCAUUACCUCAACCUAAAAAAAGAACUAAAACUAAGAAGAAAGCAGUUGUUGCGUCCGAAUUGACCAAUGAGCAAUGGGACAAUAAAAAACAAUCGAGUGGCGAUAGCAGCGCCACGGUUUCGGCUGAUGAAAGUGUAACCUUAACGGAAAAGCCCGGGCCUCUGUGUAAAAAAACAUAUAUAAAAGCUGCAAAGAAAAUACAAAAGCUGAACGACGCAGCAGAACAGCCAGUAACAACCGAUAACAGCAUGCCAGGAACAACCAAUAACAGCCUACCAGUAACAACCGACAAAAGCAUACCAGUAACAACCAAUAAUAAUAUAUCAGUAACAACCGAUAACAGCAUACCACUAACAACCGAUAACAGCAUACUACUAAGUGAUGACGAUGACGUCACUAUAGUGCAGACAAGUCAACCUCUAACUAUUACCACAAAAACAGCGGGUAAUGUAAAUCCGAAACCUGUGCAAGUUCAGAAAACACCAACUGCAAUGCCAAAAUCAAAACAAAUUAAACAGACUGGUUUAAUUAUAACCGAAACGCAGUCAUUGGCAACAAGCAAAGGAAAAGCCGUGACAGAAACCAGGGAUUCUGAGCCUGUGCCGUUGCACCCAUCGCUUCUGACUAACAAGAACUUCAUCACGAUCGUAGCUCAUAAGUAUUUGGAAGCGACGCCGUUGCUGGACGAAGACGCGGCCACGCUAGCGGCGCAGUAUAGCACGCAGAAAGCCAAGAAGGAAAUGGAGGAAACUGGCAAGAGUAUCACCAGCGGACCUCUGUACGAUAUCGCGGUCAAUUUAUUAGGCAUAGAGACAUUGGAAAAACUUAACAGAGUUACACCGAAAGUAACGAAAGCUAAAAAAGCAGAAGCGGCAGCGACAUUGCAGUUGCAGGAGUCAGUAAUUGACGUCGAAAAGACCAGUGCGUCUAAUGAACUGAAACCUGACAACACCCAGCUCACAAAACAGGUAGCGAAGCCGAAGCCAGCGCCAAAACAAACAACAAAAAAAGACUCGAACAUUAAGGAACACAAGCUUGUAAAACCUGUAGAAAAGCCGCCAAAUCCAACAGUACCUGCGGUCGCGCCACAACACACAGCACCUGUAGUAACGUCCACAACGUCUAAUGUUGUGCCGGUGGAACUGUUCAAGGGUCCCAGUAUACCGACCAGCAGCCAGUAUCCUCAACAAAACUACGAGGAAUGUAUCUUGCCCGACGACGACGACUCGCCAUCUAUAGUCGCAGAGACGCCACUGCCACCACCACAAAAUCCAGUGCCAGUUAAAGUUGCCACUGCCAAAACGGUGUCCAAUCAAAAAAAGAAAAAGCCUAUUAUACUUAGAACGGCGUUAAAAAUCGAUACAAAAUCGAGCCCGGGUCUGCAACCAGCAUUGGUCCAAGUGAGGACAGCCGGCCCGCAGAACGUGACGGUGGGCGGACUGAGAGGGAUGAUCUCAACCGUGGGAGGGAAAAUAGUAGUGGACGCGUCGCAGUUGGACAACACCAUCUGCUUGGACAGCGACGACGAGGAGACGGCGGCGCCGGCGGGCCCCGUGCCGGUGGCCCUCACCCGCGUCAACGCCUCGCAGGUGAUGCCCAUCACCCGCGUCACCACCUCGCAGGUGAUGCCCAUCACCCGCGUCACCACCUCGCAGGUGAUGCCCAUCACCCGCGUCACCACCUCGCAGGUGAUGCCCAUCACCCGCGUCACCACCUCGCAGGUGAUGUCCAUCCCUCGCGUCAACGCGGCGCAGGUGAUGCCCAUCACGCGCGUCGUCGCCAGCGCCGCGCCGAUCCUCUCGUCUGGCUCCUGUCUCAAUGUUUCCGCCGCAUCGGCCACAAACAAUUUCAGCAACCCUGUUGCCCUAAUUGGGACGCCCGUUGCUAACACUUCCUUAUUGUACACAGUAAACACUUCCUCAAACUCGUUCGUUAGUACUGCCAAUAGCUCGCCCGCUAUUUUGGCUGUCAGCGCUCCAUCUCCAUCGUUUUCCACACCCAUUGUCAGUUCGCCUAUCAGUAUCGUCUCUAAACCCGUCAGUUGCUCUUCAAGCCCACACAAAGCAGAUCAAGCUUCCUUGCCAAACACUAGUAUUUCAGACGAUUCGAAUCUCACCAUAAAGGCACAGAAGUCGAAUCAAUUCAUUUUAAAAAUAAAUAACCAAACUCUUAAACUUGUACAAACAACCCCUCCACCGGAUUCGGUCAAAACUAUUAUCAAGUUAGGAAAGAAUGACAUAUUAAUUCCGAACGCACUAGACAAAGAAGUGUCGGUGAGCAAAGAAACCAUGAAUCAAGACCAUAGCUCCGCGUCUACAAGACCAUCGACGAGAAAGGUUGUCCCCAUUAAACCUGCGCAAAGUGUUAACGCCAAAAAAAUAGUUGAGGCAUCGACAAGUCGCCGAUCGUCGUCUGUUUGCCUAUCAAGUGACUCCGACACACCAAGCUCGUCAAAUGCGAAACGCGAUGACCCUCUUGACAUAUUAAAAGACAUAGUUCACAUACAGGCAUAUACCAAUGAAAAUGAUCAGAAUGAAAAAUCGUUGCGGAAUAAAGGGAAAACCACCCAAGACAUAAGUUCAUCGUCUAACAAAGCAAAGACUUUGCAGACCAAUUCAAUGACCACAAAGGAAGUGAAAGCAUCCAACUCCGAAAAAAAAGGAUCGCUGAACUUCAGACAAAUAGCUGCUAAACCUAACACUACUGAUUUAGUAUUGCGUUUCAGCACGGAUGCAGUAAAAUCGUUAAAUAAAAAGCUAACUACCACUCAAGCGUCGUCUUCUAAACCUACAGACAAAUCCACAAUGAAGGCUAAGGAAAUAUUGAAUAUUAAAUUAGAUAAUCCUAAGGCGAAAAGUAACACAAAAUCUGUUCGAAAUGUUAUAGAUUUGACUAGUUACUGUGCUGUGGAGCCAAACAAAAGUAAGGAUACCAAGAAUAGUAAAAAAACAACGCAAGACAAGUCGAGACCCGCGGUGAUAAACCUGACUGACAAUGUUGUUUGCGUCGAGAAACCGCUGCUAGAGCUGGCGAAGAAUGCGUUAACCACUGUGGAUAUUACGGGAGAACCUUCGAGACCCAGACCCGCUACCAGAGCGAAAUCUGUCGCGCAACACACGCCAACAAAUGACAAAAAAAGAUCUUCCACAACUGUCGAUACGAAAUCCGCAAAGAAAAAGAAGGUCAAAGAAUUGACUUUGCAAGACUUCGAUAUAGACGACUUGGAUGAUAUUAUCGAGUUGGAAUGAAAGAAGUCUUUGAUUUUGGAUUAAAUUAUUACAAAGAAGAGUUAUAAGUUAAAAGUUAGUUUUAUCACUAAAACAGACGUUAUCUUUUUGAAUGUAAAUAAAUAUUGACAUACGAACUUAUGAAGAGACAUGAUACAUUUUUUGAAUGUACAUCGCUAGUACUACAUUAUCUUACUGGCGAUAUUAUGUCUAAAGGCAGUGAUUUUAUGUAAGUGUAACUUUAUACAGCAUAGACUACACAUUAGAAUCGAUAAAUUAUCAGUAAUCGAUUGUGAAAAUUGAAAUGAACGGUAAUUUUUAUUACUAGUUUAUUUUUGCGUUUAUUCGAAAACAUAAGUAUUAAGGGAACGGAAAAAUUAAAUGUAAACAAAUGUGUACCCAUUUUAACAAAAACAUUAUUUGAAGAAGUUUUUAUUUGUUUACCUUUAGAGUUUAGUUUCCUUGGGUAAUUAUAAGAAAACUGUCACCUACGCAAAAAAAUAUUUUAUAAUUGUUUUUUUUUUUUGCUACAAAAUGGUAUUCGAGUAUAUUUAUUGAUCAAAAUUUAUGCGAGAAUUUGAAAAAAUCUGUUAAAUUUGUCCAUUCCACGAAGCCGAUCAGGUGGAGGAAUUCCGCAAGGUGCAUUUCCACCCAAGAUGUGCGAAUAUUCGUAGCGAGGCUGUGAAACAUUGUGACUUUUUCAUUUUUUCACCAGAUCACCGCUUUGCGUCCUCGCACAUCUAGCGGAUACGCACCCAUAAUACUAGCACUACACUUGGCGUAUUCGUCAAUAUAUUUGCGCCUUUUGGGCAAAGCAAUAUCGACUUUGUGUACACUUGGCGUACUCGUUUGAGCCUUUUGGGCAAAGCAAUAUCGAGUUCGUGUUCUCUAUGUAAAAAUAAUGUGGCAUUGGCCAAAUAACGCAAAUAUUCGUUCAAAUGCGCCUAGUUUAGUGCCAGUACAAAAUUUAAUUAGAUGACGUUUUAAGAGAUUUUUUUCUUAACGUUCAAUUUCGCUCGGUUGGUCAUUGUUUAUGAUCAAUCGUCGAAGACCCUAAUUUUACUGGUUUAAUAUUGUUCCUAUGAGCCUCUAAAUGGGUAUUCUUCCGUGAUAUUCGGUCAUUUAGAAUUGAUAAGGCCCUUUAUUGCCAGCCUACGAUAGCGCAAUAAAUUGGUAUGAAAAAUUAAGUACCUAAAUUCACUUUUGCAUCUCAGUAAAAUUAUAAGGUUCAAACGUAAUAAAACUUGUUACUUGCGCGUGCGCGUACAGGUUUUAAAUUAUACCUGCCAAUUUUAAUAAUCUAACUCGACUAUAGUUGAAGGCCUCACAGGCCUAGUAAGAUUCUGUAUACACAAGUGUACAAGUACAAGAAAAAUGUUAGUACACUAGAUAGUGAUUCUUUUAAUUUCAUUUUUUAUAUUGUGAUAACGGAAAGGAUACACUUUUCUUUUUUUUUAAUUUUGUGAAUAUUACUUUACUAUAAUUACACGUAGACAUUAUGAACGUUAGUGUAAGUUUAAUAUUAAUUAUAUAAACAUAACCUCUGAAGAAAUAAUUGGAUAUUGGACAAUUGUAUGCAGAGGAACAUAUUAUUUUGAUGCUUUAUUGAAUAAGAUAUUAUAAGGUAUUGUUUAACACUCGUAGUGUAUUUUAAAUUAUUAAUAAGUAGACCAUUAACGUUCGUGAUUAAUCUCAAAUAUUUAUAAUAUGUGGUGUUGCGUCAAUUCACUUUAUAAGUUUGGUAUUGUGUCCACAAAAUCUGUCUUCCGUUGAAAAAUUGUAAUUCAACAACUCAUGAGGUACUUAUCAUAUCCAAUUAUUUCUUAAAAGAAUGCUUUUAAUGUUCUGUAAAACUUAACAUUAAUAAUGUAUAUUAUAGAAGAUAAUUAAGGUUACUGGAUGCGAUUUAGUUUCAAUUAACAAGUGCAUUAGGCGUAGUCGAGAUUUAACGGGUUAGAGUUUAGACAUAAAUGUUAUCUGGUCGCUUUAUCAAUCUUGUAGGCAUUGUUUUUUUUUUGUUUUUGUAAAGAAUUAUCUAGAAUAUAUUGAUGUGCAUGCGCCCUUAUAAUCCAGGCUACGCCAAUGUAUAUCUUAUUUCUAAGGAUAUGUAUCUCAUUAUAUAUUAUUCUCUCCACCACAGGGCCCUUCGACGAUACAUAUGUGACGCGUGAAAGCCUUUCGGUAAUGUGAUUGUUUUAAUUUUAAACUAUGCAAGAAUAUGAGUGUUGUUUGUUCGAUUACAUUAGAUACGAAUAAAUAUAUAACUGUC